AUUAACUGAGAGAGAGUAAGACCAAGGCUAACUUUCCACGUUCUUUCAAUCUCAGUGGAAAACUUACGUAUCUUCUCGGACUGACACACUUCGCCGUGACGUUUCAUACUUUCUCUCUCAAACUCCCUCUCCCUCUCCCAGCCUCCGCAAAGUUGUUGUGCGAUUAUUUUUUCAUUACCGGUAUUAAAAGCGGUUGUUUGAAUGUGGAGCCGGCAGUGCUCUUUCUGAACUGAGCACGAACAUGAGGUGAUACCCCCCGAUCCUUAUAGCAGAAACUAACUUAAGAGAACUCUGUCUGAAACUAUUUCCGCAGUUUUGAUCCAUAUUUUUUUCAUAAAAAUUCUUCUGUUUGGCCAUUGCAACCAUGAAUAUGUAUAGCACAAGAGAAGAACUUUUAUCAAGAUUUACUAUAGCAGACUAUGCAAUUUUUAUUGCUAUGCUUGGAGUUUCUGCUGCGAUCGGCAUUUAUUAUGCAUGCACUGGAAACAAGCAGAAGACCACUAAGGACUUUUUCAUGGGGGGUCAAGAGAUGGGAGUUUUUCCAGUAGCUAUGUCGAUUCUGGCUAGUUUCAUGUCAGCCAUACCCAUGUUGGGUAUUCCAGCAGAAACUUAUUUAACAGGCACUCAAUUUUGGAUGGUAGUUGUAGCGUACUGCUUCAUGUUCCCCACCGUUGCAUAUAUCUACAUGCCGCUUUUUUACAAGCUGGGAUCAUCAAGUGUUUAUGAGUAUUUAGAACUACGUUUCAGCAGACCUGUUCGAACAAUAUGCUCCACCAUUUUCACUAUUCAAAUGGUUUUAUACAUGGCGAUUGUAAUGUAUGCCCCAUCUCUUGCAUUAUCUCAAGUAACUGGUCUUAAAGUCUGGUUCUGCGUUCUAUCUAUUGGCUUAGUUUGCACAUUCUACACUACCAUCGGAGGAAUGAAAGCUGUGGUUCUGACGGAUUUAUUUCAAGUAUUUGUAAUCUUUGGAGCUAUGUUAGUAGUCGUUAUUAAAGGAUCUAUUGAUUUAGGAGGUAUGAGCUAUGUUUGGAAUAAGAACAAUGAAGGACAAAGGAUUGAAUUUUUCAACUUUGAUUUUGAUCCUACUACAAGGCACACAGUCUGGAGUUUAGCAAUAGGCGGCUUCUUCACUUGGCUCUCCAUAUAUGGUGUUAGUCAGCCAAUGGUUCAAAGAUAUCUUACAAUCCCAAGCACACGAGGGGCCAAAAUCGCAAUUUGGUUGAAUUUGCCUGGCUUAGCGACGAUUGUUACGGUUACAACUCUUGCUGGAUUACUGAUAUAUACCAGAUAUGCUGACUGUGAUCCCAUGAAGACAAAGCAAGUCAGUGCACCUGAUCAACUUCUACCUUUAUACGUCAUGGAUACAUUGGGAACAAUGCCUUGUUUACCUGGAAUUUUUGUUGCUGGAAUUUUUAGUGGAGCAAUCAGCACGGUCUCUUCAGGAGUCAAUGCUUUGGCAGCCGUUACCCUAGAAGAUAUUGUAAAAUCUUACAUCAAACCUGAUAUUUCGGAACAAUGGGCUACAAGACUUGCUAAAAUUCUUGCAUUAUCUUAUGGAUUAGCAUGCAUUGUAUUAGUUGCUGUUGUGGAAAGAUUAGGAGCGAUUCUGCAGCUAUCUUUGAGUGUAUUCGGUGUCAUUGGCGGUCCAAUUCUUGGAGUAUUUACUUUAGGAAUGUUUUUCCCAUGGGCCAAUAGAAAGGGUGCCCUCGUAGGACUUAUUACAGGUAUCAUUGCUGUCCUUUGGAUCGCUGUAGGUGCAUUUUUAGCGAAAGUACCCAAGAAUUUAGCUCCAGUUUCUGUCGCAGGUUGUACAGAUCUGUACUACAAUGUCACAGGAAAGAUGUGGAACGAAACUAUGGCAACCAAUAUGCAAAUGUUGCCAGAUAAGAGUGAUAUCUUUGUAAUCUACAGAAUUUCUUAUAUGUGGUACAGUGCAAUUGGAUGUCUUAUAGUUAUCAUAAUUGGACUUAUCAUUAGUUUCUUAACAGGUGCACAUGGAAAGGAUGAUGUGAAAAAAGAUCUGAUUAGUCCAGUUACCAGAAAAGUUCUAGCUUUAUUUACCAAAGUGAAAAAUAAUAAGUCUGUUUUCCCUGUGGAAAUGGUGACAAAUAACAACCUCAGAAAUGCAACUUAUACGCCUAACGGUGUCGAAAAGGGUGUUCAAAGUGAUGGCGUAGUUAACAUAGCUUACAUAAACGAUCCUCAUACACCUGUGACUGCUAAAUCCACACGAAUGGCUUCUUCUAUUCAUGCUGCCAGAAUGUGAAUGCAAAGAAUGACUUAUUUGUAUUAAUAUUACUAUCAUUUCAUCGAAAUUAAUAGCAGAGUGACUGACAAAAGCAGGCGAUUUACAUCAUUUGAAUAAAACGAUCGCGAUUGAUAAUAUUGUGUUCAUUGUUCUAGUUUACUAGUGAACUGCAACUUACUGUAUGAAAGACAGGCAUCUUUUUGUAACAAGCUUGGAGUGGAGCAGCUGAAAAAGAAUCCCUCGAAAGGCUGGGAUAGAAAAGAAUUAUUUGUAUAUAUUGUUGAAAUUCAUUAUGUAGAGGUUUAUUAUAAGUACGAAACUACAUUUUAUUAUAGAAAAAUGCAUGGAUUUUAUAACAUAUUUCAACAAAUCAUAUUUCAUAAAUUAAUUGGCAUCUUUCCUUUUGAACUGACUUUUCAUCGUAUACCCUCUUUCAAAUGUGAUCAAAGGAAGCUCUCUAAUUUACAAGUUUGCUUUCUAUUUUGUUUUUAAACGUAUUUAACAUGUAGAUAAAUGCUUUCUAAUGUGUGUUACUGUAAUGUUUUUGUUGAAUCGAAUAUAUAUAUAUAUAUAAUUUCAUAUAUAUUUCUUUCUGUUUUGUUUUUCAACAUGUUUAAUCAUAUGUUAGAUGUGCUUUUUGUAUUAUGCGUUUUAUAUUAAUAUUUUACUAUUAAAGUUUCUAAAAAUGAAAAUAUAAUUUCAUAUAUAUAUAUGUGUGUGUGGGAAAAGGAAACGACCAACAUUAAUACGUGAAAUAUAUUUAUUAAGAUUAAAGGACAAAGGACUAAACAUUACUCACAUAGAACAUAAAAAGAUACAUGAUCAUGAGCUGUACGUCUUACAGUCUCACUGCUCAACUCUUGUCUCUCAAUAAUGGAAGGAAAGCAUCACAUGAUUAAUGACGCAACAUAGCCAAUAUGGCGCCAUACAGGAUAUGAGAUCUGUUACAGUUCACACACACAAACACACAUAUAUAUAUGCUUCAUUUUUUAUAUUUUCUCAUUAUGUUUUAAAAAAUGAUAUGUACUACGGAAUAAUUUUCAGCUAACAAUAAGUUUUGUUUGACAAAAUAAUAAUGUAAUUUGUUUCUUAAUAAUAUUUUUAAAAUUAUAUUUUGGGGUAAGUUGUAAAUAUUUCUGUUGCGAAUCAUUAGAGCUGUGAUUUUACAAAUGCUUUCUUGAAUUUGUAUGAUAUUUCCUUUAUGUAAACUUAUUAAUGAAGUAUAUGAUUAAUAACAUCUUUAGUCAUUGCAAGA